AUGAGCAGGCUACCAUCCCCUCCAUCUGAGGAGGAAAACGCCCGACGCCAGUCUCGCGCCUUCGAACCCGUCCCACUCGACUCCUCCAUACGCACAACACCUAUUCAUGAACAACUCCCAGAGAUUCGCGUCCCCCAAAACGACACGGUACCAUCCACACACUACCACCCAGUCACAUGCGAAUUACUCAACAUCGAAGAGAUCCAACCUCAUCUCCAGCAUCUACGCAAAGAGCACCCGUCGAAAACGGCCAUGCUCAAAGCGCAGGAGGACGCCGUGAAAGAGAUCAGGCAGAAAUUGGAUGAGAAAGACAAGAAGAGAGAUGCGGCUCAGAAGGCGCUGGAUGCAAAGGCUAAGGAGUGGGAGGUGGAGUACAAAGUCUUAACGAAGUAUCAGGCUUCGAAGAGCUAG